AUGUCGUCAAUAAAAAUAAAUAAAGAUGAAAGUAAGCGGGUACAUAGGUGGAUAAAAAGUGCCAUUGGAACUCCUAAUAGGAGACAAUUUAAACAUAAAAAUAUCAUGUACCCGUAUUUUCGUAUGUAUAAAUCUCCAUAUAGAGCAAGAGAUUCAAGAACUAGACAAGCGUUUUGGCCAUGUGUAGAUAAAUAUCCUUGGCACACACAUCAGAAAAGAUGGGUAGAUAUAGAACAAUUGAAUUUAAAGUUUUUUUCUGAAUUUACAAAUAAAGAGCCAAGUAGAAAAAAUUUAUUUGAAACAUGUCAUACUUUACCAUUUAAUGGUAUUAACUGCCUUUUCUGGAAUCCAAUUUACCUGAACAGUCAUAAAUUUUUUUUAAAAAAAAAUAAAAAGGAUGAAAAUGAGGAAGAAGAUAAUAUGGAAGGAAAUGAUGAUGUAAAAGAAAAUACCAUCGAAGAAAAUGAUAAUAUAAAAGAAAAUACGAUCGACCAAUAUGUUAACAAUAAUAUGAAUAAUCACAAUGAUAUAAUAAAUCAAUAUAACGAAAAUAAAAAGGUCAUUAAAAUAAAUGAUUUUCACUAUAUUGUAGACAAAGAAGUUAAAAACAAUACCUAUUUUUACCUUAAAUAUAUCAAAUAUAGUAUGAGACCUUUUAGAGGUAAAUUAAUCGGAGAUAUAUAUCUUAAUCAAACAAAAAUCAGACAUAAUAUUUCAGCAAAAGGAUUUGUAAACGGUGAAUGGAAAUAUUCAUAUCCUCAUAUAAACAUAAAUAAAAAAAUUGAACAUAUAUCAUUAAAUAAUAAUUUAACAUCAAAUGAUAUAUAUAGUGAUAAUAUUAAUAAUUUAGUUAUCGUAGAUAAAUAUACAUAUAGACCUCCAUUACCAAAAUCUUAUAUUUUAAAGUGA